AAUAGGAAAUCCCUCCUGCGAAGCUCAGAAAUCCCGCCUCUUAAUCGAACAUUCGUCUGCUUUUUCGCUUGUUUCAAUGUCAACAUUCUUUAUCCAAAUGUUGAUGAAGAAAACACGUUAAAACUAGUUGGUCAAUUAAAAUCGAAUUAUAUUUUCCGAGAAGACUGUAUACAGAUUCUAUGAAAAUUCAAGAAUCGUCGUUCAACGUUGGUAAUGUUAUGCUUUGAAAAAUAUGAUUGUAUAUUAGAAAAAUUGGACAUCCAGAUUAGAGCUUCGGAAAAAGGGGAGAGGUAGAAAAUACUAUUUUGUAUGGGAGACACAAACGGAAGUCUUAUAUGCAUUGAUGGCUUGAGCAGUUGGGCAAAAAGAAACGUAUGUUCAUUGCACUUACAAAGUUUACCUGCGCUUCCUGGUUUCGUGCCUACCUGUGCGCACUGCUUAACUGCGUCAUUUUGUCAUGAACUUGCCCUGUGUACACGUGACCCAUAUACGUCGUAGCCGUAAACGCUAUCACCAGAUGAUCUCAAUUGCCCUUCUAAUUUUUAAGCAUACAUCAUUUGGCAUUCGUUGCUUAUCUAAUGUCAGAGAGCGACAAGUACGAAAUCCACUGAGAAAUCCUGCUGGCCCCAAUUUUGGGGAAAUGAUGUUACCUCGCCAUAUGUGUCACGAAAUACCACACUCUGGUUUGGCAUGUUUCCAGUAGAUUGCAUAUAUUUCAACUAUUUGUUGCUAGAUGUCGCACGCUAUUGUUUUGGCCGGAACACGUGUUUCAUGCCGAUUUUUUUUAGCUUCCGCCAUGAAGUACACUUCAUGCUUCCGCUAUGAGACAAUUGUUACAGAGAUGAAGAAAGAAAUAGGAAUCUCUUCUUUUUUACAUUGUUCAUCUAAGGCGGCGUAAUCGGAAAAGCUUUAAAAGAAGGCCAGCUUUGAAGCUCUAGCUCUGAAGCUCUAGCUCUGACCCUCCUGCAACCAUGGUCUGACUGUUACACAUGUGUAAUAUUACAUCAACAUCACAGAAUUUAUCACAGUACAUAUAUUUAGUAAUAAGCCUGGCUGUUACUGAUAUUUAACCAGGUAAUGGUUGAGUGUGCAUACAGAUCAUUAUCUAUUGGCGGUACCAGCCAAUAGUAGCAGUUGGAGUAUUUUGCUUUCAACUGCAAAUGUUUCCUGUUAUUGCCAGUUGGUGAUUUUUGAUUGGACCAUGAUAAAUGUUUGACAUGGAGAUCCCACUCUCGAUGAAAUAGGUAAGUUACUGUAUUAACAGAAUUAUAAACUAUUUCCAUGUUAUGCUUCCACUGCAUGCACACAAAACCAAUUAUUAACAUCAUGUAUCUUGAUAUCUCUUUGUAUUUUCCUCUAGCAAAUCAACAGUCAUCAUUUGUGUUUCACCUUUCUUUAAGUCAAUAUCUGAAUGGUGUUUGCUGACUAGACUCAUUCAUGAUACAGAAUUGAUAAACUGAUUCAUCAGGUUUUAGGAAAGGUUCUAACAUCAGAGGAAGACAAGCUUAGCAGUUGUUUGGUACAUGGGCAGUUCCAGGCUAUUUCAAAUUCCUUAUUCUCAACAAACAAAUCAAACUUUUCUGGUUUUAUUUUUUGGUACCAUGGAUACAUAAUUUAGCACCAGCAGCACAAUCUACUGGCUAACUAAGUCUUCAGUGUUUAUUGGCAACUUUAAGAUUUAUAUUAAAAGAUGUUAAUUGAUGUUUGCCAUUAACACUCAACACAUGCAUCUUCUGAGGCGUUGGAGUUUACUGCUAAACGCUGCCACAUGAAGAAGUGCCUCUUAUCGAAAAGGUAGUUGUUUACCUCCUUAAUCCACAUGCUAGAAACCGCAUCUUGAUCCCCCUGAAACGCACAUUGUGGAGGAACAAAUCGAGUCGCCCAAUGGAAAGGAAAGGAUAUUACGGAGUAUACGCUGUUUCGCGGUUGUGACGUUGAGUUGUUUUAUUCAGUGAAGGAAUGUGUACUUCAAAAUUGGAUAACCAAAACUACUUCGUUUAACGCUAGUUGGACGGAAUAACAAUUGCAGUUGUCAAAGUACAGCCAGCAGAACUGGUUUAAAGCUAUCGCCUGUUUUUGACUACCACGGCGUUCAUGUCCAUUCCUUCUCGCUAAAACUGCAGAAACAUAUUUCAUUCGUCCAACAACUAAUGCUCCCGGAUGCAUGAAAACUGUUAUUUUAGCUGGAAUGGUGUCGGCUACUAUCGUUUACCAGUUCCUUGUUUUUGGUUGUUUAUAGCCUGCCAACACUAUCUCUGCCAAAAAUUCGGUCUAACAACUGAUAUACACACGGAAGUUGGAGCCGACGUCCUAUUGCGUGCAAUAGAUGACCGCAGUAGUUUCGCUUGCGGGCCCAAAAACCUGGUCGCCGCACAGGCAACACCUAUGGGAUCACCAGACCCAACACCAGAAAUUACAAAUUCCGUAGAAAAAGAUAAAGGUUAUUUCAUUCUGGAUCGAACAGUUGAACGUUUACAUGCCCUUCAUUAUUUUGUCGACGACCGGAUUUCAAAAUUGCUAUCUAUGGAUCAAAAUCUCCCCUUUGUCAAACUAGUGAAAGGUAUUUGCCCCGAAAUGCUGGUACAAGAACCCGUGAACGGACCAAAGUUCCAGUGCCAUGCGAUUGAAACAAACGAUUGCUUUUGUUUCAGCCAUAAAAAGGCUACUUGGUACAGAGCCGAGGCUUUUUGUCGCCAGUUUGGAAUGACUUUGGCAUAUCCAUUUCAAGGCAAUCAUAAAGUUUCCCUAUGGGUCAGAAACAAAGUGAAUGACCCAUCAGCUGUUGCAAAAACAGGCGACGCGUACUGGACUAGCGCGAUUGAUCGUUUCAUUCCCGGACAAAUGAUAUGGAUGAACACUGGCUCCAUCCCCUAUACCAAGCUGAUGAGAAUAACAACAGCGCAAAUGAAAUCGAAUCUUGUCUGAAGUUAUCGAUACCUAAUCCGUCCAACGCAACGAGUGGCCAGGAAGAGAAGCUUUCAUUAAACUACAUUUUCUCAUCGUGUUCCGAUGAAAAUCACUUUUUAUGCCACAAGUUUCUUAACUUUUUCCCUCUUCAGUACCAAUCUAGUACUCCAAAGUCCCCGUAAAUCAUAUCUUAGAUCGUUUAGAUGUCGCGUAGAAUUAUUUUUGAGUUCAUGAACCAAAAUCUCUGGCGGAAUGGUUUCUCCAACAACGGGAAAUUUUGUUAUCGCUUAUUAAACGGCUGAGUUCCAACUUUUAUGUGCACAGGAAAAACAAAAUGGGACGAGGGUCAUUCCCGGUACUUUCCUAGUCACCUCCGUGUGUGCUGUUCACUGGCAUUGUUAAUGUUACAUUGACCGUUCCAGUUUAUUAACCGCAUAGUUAUUUUGAAUUUCACCUCUUAAUUUUUCGUAGUAGCAUUGUUGUCCGUUAGAUGGCGAUAAGGUUGUAUACUUUUUCUGCAAAUAGUCGUCUUGUACACAGUUCGUCAAGUG